UUUCUUUAGUAACUGUAAUGUCUUUUUCAAUCAAAGAAAUGUUGAAUAACCUUUAACUUUUGAAGUUAACUGAUUUUUGUGAAAUAUCUUUAUAAAUUUAGAAACAUCUUACGUUCGAAAAUUAAUUUUAAAAUUCCCGCUAUAAUAAUACUCCAUUAAAAUACCAACGUACAGAAAUGAAAUUCAAGUUUUCAAGGUUAAAAUAUAUCAUAUUUUGUUGAAGCAAGCAAUUUUUUGAUUUUAUUCUAGUACCGUAUCAUAAUAUGCGACGAGGAAAACCUCCCCAACAAUUAUACAGACCAGGAAGUGGCCCAUUAAAAAAAUCAAGUACAAUAGAAGAAUCUGAUUCAGAUACAAAUAUUUUUAAUUCAAGACAUAAACAAGAGGAAAAUACUCGGAGAGAUAAUUCUAAAUUUCAUAGUGAAAGUAGUUCACCAAGAGAAAGAAUUAAAGAUAUUGAUAGAGCUAUUACACAAUUGGGGGAUAUUUCUCUCAAUAAUGAUGUAACGAGACGUCCAAAAAAACCUGAUCAGGAACGUUACGUGCCUAGACCCCUUGCUCAAUCUAGAGAAUUAAAUUCUUCACAAGACAUGACAAGCCGUAACACAUUUGCUCAUAUUAAUGGUACAAACAGUGGUGAUAGAGGGGGGCAUAAAAGGACAACUUUUAUAGAGCGACACCAAGCUGAUCAGAAAAAUGAUUGGAGGGAAGAAGCAGCUAGACAAAGGCAACAAGUAGAUACCAGAGGGAUGAAUAAUGGACCAAACAACUCUAAUUGGAAUCGAACACGGGAUACCAGAAGCGUGGAACCAUCUGGACAACCAAAUCGUAAUUACAAUACUGAGAAGGUUCAAUCAAAGCCACCCAGCGGUAGACGUCAUAGCACAGUUGAGGUAGAAAUGGAGAAACGCUAUAAUAGCUUACCUCCAAGGCUUAAGAAAAAAAUGUUGGAAGAAUGUGGGAUUCAACCACCGCCAGUAGUAGAAGAGAACAGUUGGGAUGGAAGCAGCGUCACUUUCCAGAAAAACACAAAUUUUUUUCAUCCCGGUGACGCUUAUUAUACUCUACCGAUGUCUCCGACAUCCCACCAUCAAAAUAUCCAUUACGGUUCUAAUACAUUACCAGGUAAAGGUCGCGGAAGAGGUAGAUCGAAUUAUGAUCAAGAUAUGCAUCCACAAAUAGGUGUAGUACCAUACGAUUCCUUAACUCCAAAUACAAUUAAAAGUCCUGUAAAUUCGAGACCAUGCUCACCGCCUAUAGGAAGAAGUAGACCUCAAACACCUAUUAAUGAUUAUACGGAUAAUAGAAGAGGAACAAGGAGACAUGACGAUCCUGGGAGAGGACAUGAUCGAAGAGAUAAUAAUCAUAAGAGGGAUUUCCCUCAUAGAAGGGAUGGCAAAAAUUUCAAUAGAGAUAGAGACAAUUUUAAUCAUAGGGACAAUUACAAUUGUAAUAGAGAUAAUUAUAGUAAUAAGGAGCACUAUAAUCAAAGAUGGGAAGAAGAUUAUAGAGACUCGCGUAAUAAAGAUAGGAAUAGAGAUUAUAGAGAAAAUCAUGGUAAUAAUAGAAGAGAUAGAAACGGUAGAAAUAAUAGGGAUCAAAAAAGGGGAGCCGGAGGUGGUAAUAGGGACAGAUUAAAAGAUAAUCGUGGGGAAAUUGAUAAGAGGAAUAGGGGUAGAGAUCAUUUUAAUCCUCCAGCAGAUAUAGUUACUGAAGAAAAUUGGGAUGACGAACUUAGCCAAUCUUCUUUGAAACAGAAUCAGGAGAUGUUUAAUAGAGAAGAAAUAGAUUUUCGUCUCAAUAUGGAGUCCGCCAUAAACGCUGUGAUGCCUACGACAUUGGAUUGGAGCGAAGAAGUGGAAUUACACGAUAGAUUGGAAUCCGAAUAUUUGAGCGAUGCUUUAACAAGAAGUUCCUCUAUAGUUAGUUUACAAGAAGUCGGUGCUACCAAAUGUUUAUCUGGCAAUGUUAUUGAACCUUCCAUUUCAUCGAAAAAAUCAAGAAGGCGAAAUAGACAAAGGAGUAGGAAUAGGAGUAGACAACGAGACGACAGUCAUUCAAGAACAAGACACAAUAAUCGUACUAGAAAAAAUUCUACCACGAGUAUUGAUAGCAGAGAUAGUUUUAGAGUAUCACGGGAACCUUGUCCAAGUUCUUCUAGAAGAAAUUCACGAGAUACCAGAGACCCAAGCUACGAUAGUUAUCACAAUAAUUCAAGAAACGUCAGCAGAGAUAACAGUUGGGAUAGGCAUACCCAAAUUACAGAAAAUUGGAGACAAGAAAUCGAAAGAAAAAGAAACGAAAGCGAAAAAGAUAUCACUAAUGUAGAUACUAGUACUAAAAAGGCAGGUGUCAUAGUACUACCUCAACAAAAUAACGAAGUUAAAAAGCCUAUACCAACUUUAGUAACACAAGAUCAUCCAAGGUAUCCCGAUAAUCGGCGAUAUCCAGGACAACAAAAGAGCUUAUACGAUCCCAACAAUCCCAACAAACCUAUAAUAGUAAAAUCUGCAAGUACUAGAGUGAGCGUACCCGGUUUUUCUGAUAACAACGAAUCCGUACCGCCGCCUCAAAUGUAUACCACCGAUCAAUUCGGCAACAUCCGUCCUCCUUGGUACGACGAAACAUCGGAUUCCUUCAAAUCCUGUCAUUAUCCUGAUCUUUUGAGGGAUAUUAAAAGAGCUGAUAACGAAUUACAAUACGUUAUCAAAAGAGGUUUGCUUUUGUUACAUUGGGAUCAAGUCGAUCAAUUGAGGUGUUUUUUAAAAGAGGCUUUGGAAUAUUUAAUUUGCAAGUCUAUUAAAUUCUGUCAGACGGAAAAAGUGGAACAACAUUUUUGGAAUAUACUGUAUCACAACAUAAUCGAAAUUACUAGGAAGGCUAUAAAGGAUGACCACGAAAACAAGGAAAAAUAUAAAGGUUUGUUGUUAAACUUGAUAGACGAAGGUACCAAAUACUAUGAAAGAUUAAUAUCACUGUUGGAAAAAACGUUUGAUUUCAAAGUGAGCAAUUAUCUAAAAGAAAAUAUGGUUUCUCACAAAGGUUUGGGGUUGGUAGGAAUGGCGUUGAUAUCGUGUCAAAAAUUAUUUUUAUUUUUGGGCGAUUUGGGAAGGUAUCGUGAAGAGGUCAAUGAAACAUGCAAUUACGGAAAAUGCAGACAGUGGUACAUCAAAUCACACGAAAUUAACCCUAAAAAUGGGAAACCUUAUAACCAACUGGCAAUUUUGGCGGUUUAUGCUAGAAGGAAAUUGGACGCUGUUUAUUACUAUAUGAGGAGUUUGAUGUCUUCCAAUCCGGUCCCAUCUGCAUGGCAAGAUUUGAUAUCGUUAUUUGACGAAAACAGAAGAAAAUACGAACAAGGCGAAAAGAAACGCAGAGAAGAAAGAUUGGAAAAACAACGUCUUCAAAUGAAACAAAAAGAAUCCGAAGAUUCGAAUAACACCCCCGGUUCGUUGAGAAAAGAGACUUGGAUACAUCCCGAAGGAGGUAGACGAGUUUACAGAACUACCAAAGCUAAUAUCGAACAGAAUUAUUCCGACGACGAAGAUCUUUCGGCUUUGAGUAGCGUUGAGGUUAACAAACGAUUCGUUAUAACUUAUUUACAUGUACACGGGAAGCUUAUAACUAAAAUCGGAAUGGAAAGUUUUCAAGAGACGGCUAUGCAGAUGCUGAAAGAAUUCCGCGCCCUUUUACAACACUCACCAGUUCCCAUCCCUUGUAAUAGACUACUCCAAUUACUGGCUCUCAAUAUGUACGCCAUUGAUACCACUCAACUUAAGGAUCCCCAGUUACAAUCUCAACCAGGCUACAGAUCGGAACUUCAAGAACGCGCUUUGAUCGUAUCGCUCCAAAUGUUCAAUCUCAUCUUGGAACGAUGUGUUUCCAUCCUUCAAGACUACAUUUCAUCCCAAAAGGAAAUUUGUCCUACUUCUUUCCCUCCAGACGCAAAUGUUCUUUUACCGGCCGUCAAAAUUUGGUGUGAUUGGUUGUUAUGUCAUACAGGUAUUUGGAAUCCACCGCCGUCUACUCAAGAUUUUCGAGUCGGAUCUCCCGGCGAUUGUUGGAGCAGGUUAGCAACGUUGAUGAAUCUGUUAGAGCCGAUGGACCAAAGUCAGGCCGUUAACUUUAUCAAAGAUCCGCAAGAAGGUUACGAACCGGUACGUCUUCCAGAGGAUAGCGUCUUGUGCGGUUUCACUCCUCUGCUAUACACUUCCGACGAUACAAUUUACGCGUCUAAAGACGUCGAUAUCGAGGCCGCUCAUUUCACUCAUCGACUCAACAAACUCCUUUUCUUCGGAACCGUCUAUCUUUGCGGCAUAGAUCCACCGGUACUGAAAUUGGAGAUCGAGGACGACGUCCGGGAUUACGUUUCGGUUGUUUGUACCAGCAACAGCAGAGAUUCGCCACCGAACACGGAAUUGAGACAAAAUAACGAGGUACUUUUGGAGAGCUUCAGUGACGAUAAUGGAGAUGAAAGACUUGAAGAAAAAAUCACCAGUGGUGUUUCUACAGAAAUUCGGGAUCUUUUAACGAGAAAAGGCGAACUUGAGAAACGAAGAAAGAGCCAGGAACUUCAUCUAGAACGCGUCAAGAAAAUACUUAGUCAGUCAGUGGUUAGUGUUCACGUCGAAGUAAGGCCGAAAUAUUUAGUCCCGGACACCAAUUGUUUCAUCGAUCACCUGACUGGUAUCCGUAAAAUCGCCCAGACUCAUACCUAUACACUUAUGGUUCCUAUUGUAGUUAUUAGCGAAUUAGAAGGCCUUUCGAGAGGCGGCAAAGUCCCGGCGCCAGACUCUCGCAGCACACUGGAUCCACAACACGUCCAAAAAGUAGCUACCUCAGCAAGAGACGCUUUGGAUUUUCUUAAAACAAGACACGCUUCGGUUAAAUGCGUCACUACGAAAGGCGCGAUUAUUCCGUCCACGAAUUUUUCUACCGAAGACGACAGCAUGUGGGACAACAGUUUCAGAAAUGACGAUAAAAUACUAACAACUUGUUUGGGAUUGUGCAAGGAGCAAAAGGAUCAAACAACACAAGACGUUAAAGAAGGCGAACCCCGGCGUCUCGUUCGAGAAGUUGUACUGUUGACAGACGACAGAAAUUUAAGGGUGAAAGCGUACGCGCGAGACGUUCCCGUACGGGAACUUCCGGACUUUAUGCGUUGGGCGGGACUGGGAUGAACCUAAUAGAAAAAAUAAUUAAAAUUACCAAAGCAGCUGCUCUCUCCGUUACACGAAACGUGCUCCUAUAGUCCGGUAAGUCAUUCUACUUUACGCACGAGUGGAAUACAUUGUUUUUGUACGAUUUGUUAUAUAGGGAUGUCCGUUUCUUUUUUUUUAUUAUAGGUGAGACGACGUGGUGUGUUAAUGAUCAAAUUUGAAAUUAAUAUAUUCACAUUAAAUGAAUUUCUACAUCACAUUCGUUGUUACAUUAUUAGGUUGUGUUCACUGCAUUCCCUAUUUUCGAUCGUAUUUACGACUGCUUACAGGGCAAUUAAAAAAAAAUUAAUAAAAAUAACAAAAUUUAGACGUCGUACUUCUGUAUAUUUUUAGGAUAAUUUUUAAAGAAAAUUAAAAGUGGUGCUCUUAUUGUUAACGACUUUUGUUUUGUAUUACCCUGUAUAUGGUGCCAUUUUAUCUCAUGGUAUAAUGUUAAAUUUUCUAUAUUUAUAUAUAGAUAUGUAUAGAAAAAAAAUAUGUAUAUACAUUGAGCCUAGACGAAAUUUUAAAUGUUUUUAUUAUCUCUUACACUCUAUUCUUUUUUUUUUUUUCAAUUUUUCACGUUUGUGGAUACUUUUUUUGUGGUAAUUGGAAAAUUUUUAUUCUAAAUUGUGUUGAUAUACAAUUAUAUGAAGAAUAACAGAAGCGAAUAAUUAUUUUUCACGAUUAAAUUAAAACUAAUUAUUGUUGAAAUGACUUUUGGAUAUUUUUCAUUACUACAUCAGUGACUGAAAACUGGAAAUAAAUUGAUAAAGUGACAAAUUAUAGGACGCUUUCCAAUAUUAUAUCACUUUCGUUUCAAUAAAAAUUAGUAGAGUGAAAAAUUUUUAGACAUUUCUAAGUACUACGUAACUUUCUUUCCUUAAAAAAUAAUAAAGUGAAAAACUAUUGAACCAUACUUAAUGUUCGUCACUAAAAAUUUUUUUUCAUCAAUUGAUAAGGUGAAACAUUAUUGAAUAUUUUUAAUUAGUUUUCUAAAUACCACGUCAUUAGUUUCACUUUAUUUUCGGUGAACAUUAACGGAGUGAAAAAAUAUUGGACUCUAUGUAACGUUACGUCCCUGGCUAAAAACUAAAGCUAAAUUAAUGAAGUGAUAAUUUCAAUAUUAUAUUACGUAAAAAUUUUCGUUUUAUUCAAAAAAUAGUAAAGUAAAUAAUUAUUGCAGUUUUCCAAAUACUUUUUUCUAAAAUCCUUCGCCACUAGCUUAAUUUUCGUUUCAAUAAAAAUAAGUAAAGUGAGACUUUUUCACAUUUUCCUAAAUACGUUUCUAAAUACUUUGUCACAAGUAAGCAGUAAAGUGAAAAUAUUUGGACGUUUCUAAAUAGUUUUUUGAUAGUUCAUCACUGUUUUCACUUUCAUUUCAGUGAAAAUUGAGAAAGUGAAAAAAUGGUGGACCCUUCUCAAUAUUACGGCUUAAAACUUUUGUUUCAGUAUAAAUUAAUUAGGUGAAAAAUUAUUGGAUGCAUGAAAUGUAUCAAUGAAGUGAAAAGUUAUUGAUCCUCUAUUAAUAUUGGCUAAAAACUUUCGCUCCAAUAAAAAAUAAUGAAGUGAAAAAUUAUUUCCAAAUACUUUUUUUUAAUACCUCGUCACUAACUUCAUUUUCGUUUCAAUAAAAAUUAGUUAAGUGAAAAAGUGAUGGACCAUGUUAUGGCUAAAAACUUUUGGAUUCUAAAAUUUAAUUAAUAAAGUGAAAAAUUGUUGAACUCUUAUUAAUAUUGGCUGAAAACUUUCGUUUUAGUGAUACUUAAUAAAGUGAAAAUUUACUGCACUCUUCCAAGUUUUAUAUACUUCAUCAUUAGCUUUCAUUUCUUUUCAGUAAAAAUUGUUUAAGCGAAAAUUUUUUGGACGUUUCUAAAAACUUCGUCUCUAGCUUUACUUUCGUACCAAUAAAAAAAUAUGAAGUGAAAAAUUAAUGCACUUUUCCAAAUACAUUUCUAAAUAGUUCGUCACUAGCUUCACUUUUGUUCCAAUAAAAAUUUGUGAAGUGAAAAAUUAAUGCACUUUUCCAAAUACGUUUCACUUUCUUUUUUAGUGAAAAUUGGUAGAGUGAAAAAUUUUUGGACUUUUCUAAAUACUACGCCACUAGCUUCACUUUUUUUCAGUAAAAAUUAUUAAAGUGAAAAAAUAUUGAACUGUUCUUAAUUUUAUCUCAUUGGCUAAAAACUUUUUUUCAGUAUCCAUUUAUUAGGUGAAAAAUUAUUAGAUAUUAAAAUUGAAUUGAUAAAGUGAAAAAUUAUUAAACUCUUAUUAAUAACUUUCAUUUCAAUAAAAAUUAGUGAUGUGAAAUAUUACUGCACUUUUCUAAAUACUUCGUCACUAGCUUCAAUUUAUUUUCAGUAAAACUACAAUUGCAAUUUUGUAGUUUCAAGUCUCGUUUCAAAUGAAUUUUGUAAGGGUUGCAGUUUUAGUUCAUCGUAACCAAGUUUUUCCAACCUCAUUUUGAUUUUUCUAGGGUUUUUAACCCGGUUCUGAAUGGAAGGAGUACAUUUUUGGUAAAACUCCCAUAGGUACAUAUUCAGCGCCCUUCGCAUUCGAUACGUUCACAUAUUUUACAAAAUAUUCAUACAAUCACUUUCGAGGAAGUUGCAUAUCUUACUGUUGUUUUGGACUCGAUCCACCCCAUUAGCAUAAUUUCACUUAUUUACGUGCAUAUUAAGGUGAAAAUUAACUUGAAUUAAAGUCAAACCUAUAAUCGGAAUCCCAGAGUUUCAAUUAUCGCAUAAAAUAAAUUUGGUAAGGUUACAGUUUUAGAUCUUUUUGUUGUUUUUAGUUUUUUCCGCCCUUCUUCAUGACCUUGACCGUGCGAAUUUUGGUUUUUCUAGUGUUUUUUUAACCCCUUUUUCCAAUGGAAGGUAAUGUUUCUUACCCCUAUGCUAUUAUCUCUGUAAUUUAUUAUACCGUGCGCCUCGGUUAGUUCGUUCGAACUGCUUAGUCGAAAUAUUGAAGUUUUUCGAUCUCAUAUGUAUUCAAUUAAUUGAAAAAUGUAGUUUCUCAACUGUUUUCUUCACACAAAUAUAUUUUUAACGACGCAAGCUAAUUUCAACUUUGAAUAUCUAAAUAUCACAUUUUUUUUAUGAAAAUCUAUAAGCGGUUUUAAUUAUUAGUUGCUCCACUAAACGGUUUAUCUGUGUAUUAAUUAAUUUUUUAUUAAAAAAAACUCUUCCUGUUUAUGUAAAAAUUUCAAUUAUUAUUCCUAAAAAAAAACCGAAACAAAUUUCGUCUAACGGUAAAAUCGCAUAACUUAUUAUUAUUAAUAACGGAAAUAACAUUAAAAAUAUGGAAAAAUAUUUACGAUUUUGUCCCAUAGUUUUUUAUUUCACAUAAACUAUUAUAUUAUAAAUCAAGCGUUAAUUUGAAAUUUUUGCAGUUAACCGGAAGUUCGGUAUUAUGUUGUUAAUUGAUUGCAAAAUAUACAGGAUGUUCUCUUAAAUCACGUGAAUCAAAUUUGUAGCGAAUCUCUAAAAUCCCCUAACUGUUUUAAGAAAUUUUUUCUGUUCUAAUGUCUCCAAACAUUGAAUAUACAGAUUUUUUUUUAUCGAGAGCAGUUUAAUUCGAAGCAAUUAUACUCCCCGCCAGCUUUUUAGUUUAUUCCAAAAUAUACUGGAUGUUUUAACGUAACAUGAAUUUAUGGUAAAGUUGCAUAACCUUAGAAGCAUUUUCAGAAUUUUUUUUGUCUCUGUAUGAAAAUAUGGGAUUUUUAUUUUAUCGAGCACAUCUCGAUUUAAAGCUUGCCACCAGAUUUUCAAUUGAUUCCAAAAUCUACAGGAUGUUCUCUUAAAUCCCGUGUAAUAAAUUUGUAGCGAAGCUCUACAAUCCGCUAAUUGUUUUAAGGAAAUUUUUCUGUUCUAAUGUCUCAAAAUAUUGAAAAUACAAAAUUUUUUUAUCAAGAAAAGUUUAAUUCGAAGCAAUUAUACUCCCCGCUAGUUUUUGAGUUAAUUCCAAAAUAUACAGGGUGUUUUAACGUAAUAUGAAUUUAUGGUAAAGUUUUUUAAUCUUUGAAGCAUUCUAAGAAGUUUAUUUUUAGUUUCUGUAGAUCAAAAUAUGAAAAUAUAAGAUGUAUUUAAUCGAGGUUAGUUUAUUCAAAUCAAUUAUUCCUGCCAUCACCUUUUCAAUUGAUUCCGAAAUAUACAGGAGGUUCUUUUAAAUAACGUGAAAUAAAUUCACAGCAAAGUUUUCCAAUCCUGUAACUGUUUUUUUGUCUAAUGCCCUUAUAUCAAAAUGUGGAAAAUACAAAAAUAUCAUCGAGAUCCGCUUGAAUUAAAGCAAUUAAACUUGCCACUAGCUUUUCAAUUGAUUCCGAAUUAUAUAUAGGAUGUUCUAACGUGAAUUAAAUUCACAGCAAAGUUUUCGAAUCCCUCCAUCAUUUUAAGAAGUAUUUUAUCAUCUAAUGUCUGUUUAUUAAAAUAUGAAAAAGGGUUUUUUCAUCGAGAUCUUCUUCUUUUUCUUUUUCUGCUAUCCAUUAAUGGGUGUUUGCGAUCAUGUCUGACAACUUUAUCUUGUCUCUGGUGGUAUGAAUUAAUUUUCUUGUGGCUCUCAUCCCUGUCAAAUUUUUGAUAUUGCGGAGCCACGACAUCUUCUUUUCGCCUAAUCCCCGUCUACUUCCAAUCAAGAGUUGAAGCAAAUGGUAGUUACCUCUCGCUCCAUAUCACAUAACAAUUCACGUUCUCUUCAUAUUCCCCUCAGAAUUUCUUCGUUGGUUUUUCUUCAUCCACAUCUCAAAUGCCGCCAAUCUGUUAACUUUUAGUGUCCACCCUUAAAUAACGUAUGGACCAUACCUAAUAUUUUGAGAAUCUUAUUACGAGGUUGAGGUCAUGGUUAGAGUUCGUAAACAAGUUUUUGAAUUUCAUGAAUGAGCAUCUUGUUUUUUCUAUCCUGCACUUGAUCUCUACGUCUGAUGAUCAGUAUUCAUAUACCCAAGUUCCCAGAUAGUUAAAUUUUGUUAACGGUUCAAAAUUUUUUAAUUAUCUAACCGUUUCAAGAAGUCUUUUUUUCUAUCUGAUGGCUGCAUAUCAAAAUAUGGAAGUAUUUGCAUUUUAUUGAUAUUAGCUUGAUUUAAAGCCUUGAUUACCACCAGCUUUUCAGUUGACUCCAAAAUAUACAGGAUGUUGUAUGAUCCUUUAACCGUUUUUAGAAGUUUUUCUUUAAUGUAAGGUCUCUGUAUUAUUAGAAGCAGCUAAAAUCCAGUUUAUAGUAGUGGAGUUAAUGUUGAAAUAAUCAUACGAAAGUGAAUCAUAUUAGGAUAGUUUCCGAGGGGUAGAAAUCUGAUUGGUUAAUAAUGAAGUUGACACUUUAUUCGUGAAUGAAGAUGUGGGUCAUAACCUGUAGGUACUGCCCUCUAGUAGUAUUUAAAGCUACAUGAACAUAAACUGGUAUUUAAUAUAGAUGAGACAUCCUGUAUAUACAAAAAUUAGCAAUAUAUUAUAAUUUCGAGUGGAUUUUUUUGUAUGGUAAUUGUUUUAAUUUGUAAAUAAUGAUAAAUAAAGGUUUGGAGUAUGAAUAUUUGUCUUUUUCUGGUAAUUGCUGGACCUGCAAUUCUCAUAGGCUUGAUUUCGUACUAAAAACGAUGCAAAAAUUUUUUUCCAUCUUUUUCCAUAAAAAAUUACUCGAUAAAAACUAUUUUGUUUAAAUGGAUGCAAAACAACCAAAUGUGAAAUUAUUAUAAAUUCGAUCAAAAAAAAAAUCAAAUUAUGAUGUAACAAAAAUCAGAGAAUAUUUGUGACUAUGGUUCGUUGCGGAUAUAUACGAGGUGCGAUUAAAAAAUCUUCCUCAGAUUCGCAAUCUAGGUGAAAAAAACCGAGGAAAAGUUUCAUUACAACUAUCCUGAAAUUGCUCUUACCUAUAAAAUUAUUUGUAAAUGGUUUUUCGAUUUUUAUAAGUCAUAAAAACAUUUAUGAUGAUGGGUAUUCAUUUUUUAUUGAAUUCAAAAUAUACAGUUCUUUUAAAUGAAGUGAAAUAAAUUUAUAGCAAAGUUAUUCAAUGCUCUAAGCAUCUUAACAAUUGUUUUUCUAAUGUGAUGUUUUUAUAACAAAAUAUGAAAAUACGGGAUUUUUUUCAUUGAGAUCAGCUGAAUAUGUAUAUUAAUAAUUUUUGAAUUAUACAUAUCACACGAAACGAGGUUUAUUUCUUUAAGUUUUCUCGUUACCACUGCAUAAAUAAUUUUUUUAAAAAUAUUUUUCAAUCUAGCGUAAUUUUAAUCUAAUUUUUUUAAUUGGAAGCAAUUGCUUUAUUUUUUUCUAGUCUCUACACUUGAAUUGUUUGGCUAUUCAAAAACAGGGGAAAAUUGAUUUUUUUUCUAUUCCUUUGUAUUAAAAUUUCCUACUGGAUAAUAAUUUACUUGUUCUAUUAUAUACUAUAUAAUUUUAUCAAACAUUAUGUUUUAAUAUAGCUAUUCUAUAUUUUUUUAUUACCAAUAAACCACAAAAAAAGUUUAUAUCGUUUUUAAAAUCUCGUUUAGACAAAUUUAGAAUUUUUUUUUAUUCGGUAUAUAUCAUUUAGAGUAGCUCUAUCAUGUACUUAUAUAUACAUAUUAUAUAUCUUAUAUUUUUAAUAACGUUUGUUGUGCCAUCUUUAAUUAUAUAUUUUUUUUCUCGGCAACAAUUUCGCUGUGUACAGUUUUUAAACUAUUCGACUACUAGAUUAUUUAAGAUUUAUAUCAAUUGUUGCAAUUGUUUGCUCAGGAAAUUUAGAAUAAAAUAAAGGCAAUUUUAAUAAUAUCAA